AUGGCUGUCCGUAUAGAUGUCAACCUCUUUGAUGGCAGUGAGGGUAAAGCCAAGAAGACCAACUGCGUCCCUUUGAAAGACUUCGACAUCUCCAAAAAAACACUCGGAGACGUACGAACGGCCCUGAUCGACAAUGGAGGCCUCGACGCCAGCAGAGCGGGGUCUGCAUUCUGCAGUGCGACUGGUGCCAAGGUCAAUGAUUCUACUUCAUUUGUAGACUACUUGGACAUUCUCUCCGAUGAUACGGAGGAAGAAAAGCAAGAUGCGGAGGAAACAGAGGAAUCAGAGAAGUCGGAAAAAAUCAACAAAACGGAGAAGAAGGAGAAGACAGAAAAGUCAUCUACAGUCACUGUUCACAACGUUUACAUCAAGUCUACGGACAAGAAAAGCACCGAUCGGAAAGCAGAGGCGAAGGAGCUCAUCAAGAAAGAGCUGAACCUGAAGCUGAGUGACAAGCCCGAACUUCUCAAAGCGUCAAUCGAACAGCUAGCUAGCUCCUUCGAUCGCGCAGACUGGGUGGCCGAGGGCAAUGAGACAACUCUGUCCGAGAAAGAUUGGAACUCUGUCAUUCGCAACAACAACCUUUUGAGUGCCCACCGGCUUGUCUUUUCGAACCUGGGGCGACUUACCGAUGGAACAAAGAAGGUCAAGUUUCGCAGAAUUGAGCGUGCUCCCUACAGCGCCUUUGUGUUAAAGCCCAGAAAGUUCGCUCUGCAUGAAAUCCCCAACGCGGAUGUCAAGGUCGAAGUUUGUUCCCGAAAUUAUGAUAUAACGGUGGGAAAGUGCUAA